AUGGAGUACUGCAAGACUAGACCAAAGCGAAACGCGCCCCCCAUAUGCCCACCAUGUUACCCAGGUCAAGAUCCAGUCUGCGGAACAGAUGGGAAUACUUACAUGAAUUCUUGCACUAUCCAGUGCACAUACGGUGUAGAAGUUGCCUACAGAGGCAAAUGUAAGUCGAAACGUGAAGUACCAGCCUGCAUUUGUACAUUAGAGUACCGACCAAUCUGUGGAACUGAUGGUAACACAUACGGAAAUAAAUGUGCUUUGAGAUGUGCCCAAAAACGAUCCGCUGUGGAAAUGAAGCACGAAGGCACUUGCAGAACGAAGAGGGAAGAUAUUAACGUUGCUGAUGCCCCUAUUUGUCUCUGUACCGAUGAAUUGAACCCGAUGUGUGGUACUAACGGAUUGACAUAUUCAAACCCUUGCAUGCUCAACUGCGCUAAGAAGCAAAGUAUAAGUAAAAGUCUCGAUCUCUUACACGAGGGAGAGUGUGAGACGAAACCAGUAGAGGUUGUGGAAGAUGCAGGCGGUGACGGAUGCACGUGUGGAAAGGAAAGGGACCCGGUUUGCGCAUCCAAUGGAGUCACAUACGCGAAUGAGUGCAUAAUGAAUUGUGCUGGCGAAGAGUUGUCUAUUGUUCAUAAUGGCCCUUGCUAA